AUGGGAUUCCCCAGUCAAAACGGGUGCGAGUUUCGGGUUCCCUAUCGGCCGAUCCUUCUUCUACCGUUUCAUUGUCGCUUCCGGUUUAUCGCCGCCGACCUUCAAAGCGAGGUAGUUGCUGCACGCUGUUCAGUUUCCUUUGCACAUCCAAAGCUUUUCUCCCGUUGCCUUGCUGCUGAAUCGACGACUUACUAUUCGUCCUCUCUGUUCUUCUCUCUUCCGUGGAUCUUCAGCCGACGCCGUGGCAAUUGUGUAGCAACCCGAGUCACUUUAUAUCUCCGGCGCUCAUCAAUCUCCGUUAUUGGCACCAAUCUCUGUUACCGUGCCAUACCUGUGUGUACAUUAUUGUACUUAUCAGGUUUGAGGUUUGAUUCUUAUACCUCCAUUUGCAAUCUAAGAAAAUAA